GGGGAGAUGAUUAGUAACUGCAGUCUGGUCCCGAGAGAGCUGUCUUGAUUCUGCUGGGUUCCGCUCAGUUAAGUUUGGGUAACUCACAUAACCCUAUUGCCUGACACGGAACAUUCCAAUGGGGCUUUACUGACACUGUCCUGCCACCACCCCCACCAUGGUGUCACCUCGCCCAGCAGGCACGGGACCACGCUACAGGCAGAUUUCUCUAUUGGACUGAGGCUGAGUCCAGCUCAUAACUGCGAAAUCAGCAUGAUGUUCAGUGUCCUACGCCCAACAGCAAGAAUGUAUGACUCAGCUUUAUGAAAAUACAUACUUCCAAGGAGGAGAUCUCGCUACGGUUUUUACACCGAGUGCCAAUUACUGCCAAGUAGUGUGUACUUACCAUCCUACCUGUCUGCUCUUCACCUAUUUGCCAGCGGCAUGGACUAAAGAUCCUGCAAAAAGGUUUUCCUGCUACUUAAAAGACAGCGAUACAGAAAUGCUGCCGAAAGUGGAUAUGGAAGGAGCCAUCUCUGGACAUUCCUUAAAACAGUGUAACAUCCAAAUUAGUGCUUGCAGCCCAGAUGUCCACAUAGGACUCGAUAUGGAAGGGAAAAUUGAUGAUGUUACUAUGGCUGACAGCUAUCAACAGUGUCAAAAAAGAUGUACCAAUGAUAACCAUUGUCAUUUUUUUACAUAUGCCUCAGAAACAUUUCACAAUGCAAGCUUUCGUAAAAAAUGCUUCUUGAAACAUACCAGUGUAGGAACUCCAACCAGCAUAAAGGUGCUUGAUGAAGUUGUGUCUGGAUUCUCUUUAAAGCCAUGCCAGCUUUCUGAAAUAGAUUGUCAAAUGGACAUUUUUGAAGAUCAAGAAUUUUCAGGAAUUAAUAUUACAAGUUUUUUCACUCCUGAUAUCUCUGUCUGCCAAACUAUUUGUACAUAUUUUCCAAGGUGCUUGUUCUUUACAUUCUUUAGCAGGGAAUGGCAACUAGAAUCCCAAAGAAAUCUUUGCCUUUUGAAGACAUCAACAAGUGGGAUACCAGAGGCACUUAUAUCACGAGAAAAUGCUGUAUCAGGCUUUGGUCUCCUAAACUGCAGAAGAUCCUUUCCUGCCUGCAAUUCUCGCACUUACAUGCAUAUGAAUUUUUUGGGAGAUGAACUCAAUGUCACUUAUACUAAAGGACACAGAGCCUGUCAGCAGGUUUGCACAGACGUGAUCCGCUGCCAAUUUUUUACUUACUUUCCCCUCCAAGAUUCAUGCAAUGAAGAAAGAAAGUGUGAGUGUCACCUAAGGAUGUCCUCGAAUGGAUCUCCAGUGGAAAUAGUACAUGGGCCAGGAAGGAUCUCUGGGUACUCGCUAAGAUUAUGUAGAAAGAAAGCUAGUACUGUGUGUAUGCAGCAUUCUGCAAGAACUAUUAGGAUCGUUGGAGGGACAGACUCUUCCCCCGGUGAAUGGCCGUGGCAAGUCAGCUUGCACGUGAAAUUGUCUCGUCAGAGGCAUCUCUGCGGGGGCUCUAUCAUCAGCAACCAGUGGAUUCUUACAGCUGCUCACUGCGUCAUGAGUCUUGAGAAUCCCAACAUUUGGCGUGUUUAUGCCGGUAUUUUAAAACAAUCAGAAAUAAAUGAGGAUACGCCCUUCUUCAAAGUGGAAGAGAUUAUUGUUCACCCUCAGUAUAAAUACGCACAGACUGGAUAUGACAUUGCUUUAAUGAAACUUGAUAAGCCUAUGAAUUUUACUGAUCUUCAACUGCCUAUUUGCCUGCCAUCAAAAGAAGAUGCUAACAUACUUUAUACUGACUGUUGGGUAAUUGGAUGGGGUUACAGAAAAGAAAAAGGUACAGAUAAACAUUUAAACAGUCGUGUAGAAGAUAUUCUUCAGAAGGCUACUGUUCCCCUCAUGUCAAAAGAGGAAUGCCAGGCAAGGUAUCGGAAGCGCAGAAUAGGUGACAAAGUGGUCUGUGCUGGAUAUGAUGAAGGUGGAAGGGAUGCUUGUAAGGGGGAUUCGGGAGGGCCGCUGUCAUGCAAGCACGAGGAGGUGUGGUACCUGGUGGGCAUCACCAGUUGGGGCGAAGGGUGCGCUCGCCCCAGGCAGCCGGGUGUCUACACAAAAGUUGCUGAGUAUUCAGACUGGAUUCUAGAAAAAACUACAUAGCGUGAGAGUUACCUACUGCCUCAAAGUGAUGUCAUGGAAUAAUAACCCUAGGAGCAAUGUGAUGAAGUGUAUUAGUGUUUUUUAAAUGGUGUUUCUUGUUAGCCUAGAAUGUAAAAAACUUGAUUAAAAAAGUAGAAAAGCAGGAAUGAAUGACUUUGCUAUUACUAAAUAAAAAGCUGUAAUAAAAAUAAA